AUGGCCGACUUUGACGGUGCCAGCCAGGCCUUCUUGGCUUGGCUGAAGAAAACUGGUGCACAGAUCAGCGCAAAGAUUCAAUUGCAGGAUCUGAGAGCCAGGGAUGCCGGUCGAGGCGUUGUUGCGACACAGGACAUUGCUGAACACGAGCUUCUCUUCAGUAUACCCCGCACGUCUAUUCUCAGCGUAGAAAACAGCAUCCUUUCUACCGAGAUCCCGGCCGCCACGUUCAGCCUCCUUGGCCCUUGGCUCUCUCUCAUCCUUGGCAUGCUUUACGAGCACCAUAAUGGAUCCGCUUCAAACUGGGCUCCGUACUUCGCCGUGCUACCGACCGAUUUCGACACGCUCAUGUUCUGGACGGAGGAUGAGCUGGCGGAGCUACAGGGUAGCGCGGUUGUAAGCAAGAUCGGCAAAGACGGGGCUGAUCAGGUCUUUACCGAACAGCUGCUACCUGUGAUUGAAGAGUUUGCGGACGUGAUUUUCAGUGGCGACGAGAGGGCAAAAGACAAGGCAAAAGAAAUGCGAGCGCCGGAGAACGUGAAGCUGAUGCACAAGAUGGGCAGCUUGAUCAUGGCAUACGCGUUCGACGUCGAGCCCGCAGUCUCGGACAAAGAGGUGGACGAUGAAGGCUUUGCAGAAGAAGACGAAGAUGACGCGCUACCAAAAGGAAUGGUACCCAUGGCCGAUAUGUUAAACGCAGACGCUGACCGAUGCAAUGCGCGUCUGUUUUACGAAAAAGACUGUUUGGAGAUGAAGGCACUGAAGCCGAUUCGAGCUGGAGAAGAAAUAUUCAACGACUACGGAUCGCUUCCCAGGAGCGAUUUGCUAAGGCGCUAUGGGUACGUCGCCGAUAACUACGCGCAGUAUGAUGUCGUCGAAAUCUCUGCGGAACUCGUCUCGCAAACCUUGGCCAGCGAGGGCCUAUGGCGCGAGGAAAGAGUCGAGUAUCUGGACGAGGAAGAGGUGGUUGACACGGGGUACGACAUUGCUGCAAGCACACCAUUUACUGUCCAGGAAAGCUUUUCGCCCGAGCUCAUCAUAUUGGUUGAAAGCAUGCUGCUUCCGCAAGAAGAAUUCGAGCGUCUGAAGAGCAAGGGAAAACUACCGAAACCCGAGAAAAUAACUGCCAAGGGUGCAGAAGUUUUGCACAAGAUUGUGCAAAAUCGCAUUGCGCAGUACCCGACAUCACUGGAACAAGACUUACAGAUCAGCGCACAGAUGCCCCCUGCACAGACUACGGACCGCAAACAGCGCCGCAUUGCCAUGGCGAGGGCUGUGCGCAUUGGAGAAAAGAAACUUUUAGAGCAGGCUGAAGAAGCGCUCGCAGACAAGAUUGCAAGAGACGGCGGCGUGGCGGCCAAGAGAGCAAGAGAGGUGGAUGAAGAGGGCGAUGUAGAGAUGGGAGGAACGGGAAAGAAGCACAGAGUUUGA